AAAACAAAAAGUAGUUUGAUUUAUUAAAUUUAAGAAAAAUAUAAGGAAAGUUGCUGUUUGGAGAAGGGUAAACACUGCGGCUGUGAGAGUGAGAGAGGCACAUCUCUCUUCCAAACGAGACCUGAGAAAUGCUGUAAAACCUUGCUCGGACUGAUUGAAGUGUAUGUGCUUCAUGCAUUCCGGAAGGGAUCCUGUUUGUUAUAUAAACAGACACGAGAAGUCUUUUUAUUUUCUGAUAUUGGUCCGAAGUCUCCAUUAAUGGCGCUCUCAGGGACCGGAUGAGGUGUCUGCUUCUUCUUCAUUCACGAGAAGAACUUGCUGCAUUACUUCCAUAACUGUAUUGGGUAGCUCUAUCUGAUUGCAAUUUCAAAGAAUAUAGUAACCAAAUAAAUAAGAAACGAAAAAACAAUGGGCAAAAUGACAGACCAUCUGAAAGUCAAAGGUUGUCUAGGCUGGGAAGGUUGAGAGGGAAACGGAUAGAAAACCAGUGAAAAAGUUAGGUAGUUUAGCAGCCUUGGCGUCUACCCCAUCUGAAAGUCAGAGAAGUUCCCAUAAUUGGUGCUGGAGAGAAAAGAUGGUUAAGCUGUUUGAGUUGCUAAACCUUAGACUAUUUCAGGGUUGGCUGGCAAGAAUGGAGGGUAUAGAGGCAAGAAGACAUAGUAGUUGCUUCAGACUUACAGCUAUUUGUCUGCUUUUUUACGGCUGAACGGCUAUUAUAUAUGAGACUCAGGAUUCAUAUUGAUUUUGGAGCAAAAUUUCAUGAUUGAUAACAAUCCAAUUCACCAAGAAGAAACUCUUAAGCUUUUAUUUGCCUACGAAGUUGUAUGGCUAUACGCUUGAUUGCUUCUUCUUCCUCCGCCACCUUGUUUGCACCAUCUUCAUUCAGCCAUGAGACUGAGACUACACCAACAAGAAAGCUUUUCGGAACCUGGGUUUGUCAGAACAAUUCAAGAUUUCAUCAAAACAAGCAUUUUGAGCUCAAAGCUUCAAAUAUGCAACCGUUAAAUGCUGUGACUUUGCAGGCUGGUGCACCUGUAAGUUCUCUAGCUACAGAACGUGUUGAGAAGCCAGCUCAAGAAGAGUACAUUCCUUUCUUAGAAACAGAGAAAGAAGAGCCUACUCUCAGCAUUGUUGUUGUUGGGGCUUCAGGGGACCUUGCUAGGAGGAAGAUCUUCCCUGCACUAUUUGCUCUUUUUAUUGAAGAUCGUUUGCCGGAGAAUUUUACAAUUUUUGGCUAUGGACGGAGUAUUAUGACUGAUGAGGAGCUGAGGAAUAUGAUCAGCAAAACCCUGACUUGCAGAGUUGACAAGAGGGAGAAUUGUGAUGAGAAGAUGGCUGCAUUCUUAAAAAAGUGUUUUUACUAUUCCGGUCAAUAUAGCUCUGAGGAGCAUUUCUUGGAAUUGGACAACAAGCUGAAAGAAAAAGAGGCUGGAAGACUAUCAAAUAGGCUGUUUUACCUAGCAAUACCACCAAACAUGUUUGUGGAUGUGGCAAGAUGUGCCAAACGUCGUGCUUCUUCAGAAAACGGGUGGAUUCGAGUCAUUGUUGAAAAACCCUUUGGUCGAGACACAGAGUCAUCCAGGGAGCUGACCCGAGGCUUAAAACAAUAUUUGAGUGAGGACCAAAUAUUCAGAAUUGACCAUCACAUGGGUGAGGAGCUCGUAGAAAAUCUCUUGGUGCUUCGCUUUUCAAAUCUGGUUUUUGAGCCUUUAUGGUCUAGGAAUUACAUCCGCAAUGUACAGUUGAUUUUUUCAGAAGAUUUUGGGACACAGGGACAAGGCAGGUACUUCGAUAACUAUGGUAUCAUCCGGGAUAUAAUGCAAAAUCAUCUUCUGCAAAUACUAGCACUGUUUGCCAUGGACACACCAGUCAGCUUAGAUGCUGAGGACAUUAGGAAUGAGAAGGUUAAGGUUUUGCGUUCCAUGAAACCUGUUCAGCUUGAAGAUGUGGUUGUAGGUCAAUAUAAGGGUGAUUGUGAUGGCAAUACAUGUUAUCCCUCUUAUACUGAUGACAUGACUGUAUCAAAGAAUAGCCUUACGCCAACUUUUGCAGCAGCCACUCUCUUUAUAAACAAUUCACGAUGGGAUGGAGUUCCAUUCCUGAUGAUAGCCGGCAAGGCUCUCCAUUCAAAGCGGGCAGAAAUUAGAGUUCAAUUCAGACAUGUUCCUGGCAACUUGUACAAUCGGAAGUUUGGAAAUUCUUUGGAUCAAGCUGGAAAUGAGCUUGUGAUUCGCAUACAACCUGAUGAAGCUAUAUAUCUGAAGAUCAACAACAAGGUCCCUGGUCUUGGAAUGAGAUUGGAUCGCAGUGACCUUAAUUUGCUGUACAAAGCCAGGUAUCCAAGAGAGAUACCAGAUGCAUAUGAGAGGCUGCUCAUUGAUGCAAUAGAAGGAGAGCGACGGUUGUUCAUUAGAAGUGAUGAGCUAGAUGCAGCUUGGGCAGUAUUCACACCAUUGUUGAAGGAAUUAGAAGAGAAGAAGGUUGCUCCAGAGCUGUACACAUAUGGUAGCGGUGGGCCAGUUGGAGUGCAUUAUCUUGCUGCAAAGCAUAAUGUUCGCUGGGGCGAUUUUGGUUAUGAGGACUAAUGAGUAGUGGCGAUCUGUUGCCUUCGAGGAUCUUAAAUUUGAUGGUGGUGAUACCAUUCAUGUAUUCAAAGCCUUUUUCUUUCAUUUUUCUAUAUAUGUACAACGUUUUUAGUUAAUUUAUCAUGUAAACUUAUAUAUUAAAAAAAAAAAAAAGAUUGUAAAUUUGGAUUCUGAACAUGUGAAGGUACAAUGUACAAACCAGGUGUAAUACAUUGAAAUGAAAGAAUAAGAGUUCAUUUGGCC